UCGAGUAGAAUGUUUGCAUGGUCGAUGAAAAUCCUACUGCCAUUGGCACUGCUUAACUGCAUCCAUGGACGCGUCCUGAUGAUGCCCAAGUUCUAUGGCCAGGAUAGUGCAGUAAUUGUGGACACGGACAAGUCCAAAUUCAAUCCAAAACUACAGAAUGCGCUCUAUUACAAUAUUCCUGUCUACAAGUUGUUCAAACCGAUGACUACAACAACAACUACAACUACUGCUCCGAUCGGACUGAUUGAGGAGUAUCCAAGUGAUUUGCUUUACAUAGCACGUAAUAAACUGGGCUUAAAGCGGCUGGAGCAGCUGCCGAGCAUCCGGGAACUGGGUGAGCUGCUGGGCACUGGCAACGCGGAGGAUACCAUCAAAUAUAUUCGUGCUCUCACUUCUAAUGAUCAGGGAAUUGCGCUAAUGAAGGCCUAUUUGGGCUCCCUGGACUAUGAUCAAAGUGAGCCCGAGGCGGAGACAAGACCCGAUAUCAAAUUCAAUGAUGAAGACAAUGACACAGAUGCAGACUACGAUGACGAGAUGCCUCUGAAGGAACCAAAGCUGGAAACAACCACAAAGGCAGCGCAGUGGGAGUUGGAGGAGGGCGGUGGCUUAAUGCAGCAUGUAAACGAUUUUAUGAAGCAAUACGGCAUGUGGUCAGAGGAGACCACAACUGUCGCUCCCACACCCGCUCCCGUGGUGUAUAAGCCUCUCUUUGUGGCACCACAGCUGGCAACAGUAAAGCCGCCGCGUCCACUGUUCGCACGACGACCAUGGCCAUCUCAUGUACCUAUUCCAAUGCCAACUAGGGUUCCCAGUACCACAGCAAUUCCACCGACUCCAAAAUCGCCGCAUCUCAAUUCGCCCAAGGUGCCGGCGAAUUCAAUGUCCGGCCACGUGGCGCCGCAUGUUCAGCAGCUGGCACAGAUUGCCAACAUACCGCCAUCGGUGUUGGACACGUUCCUGCAGCAGCAGCCCAAGCUGGCGGAGUUGGCCAGACGCGUCAGUCGAUUGCCGCUGGUGCAGCAACACAGUCGGGCAAUCGAUAGCCAGUUGCUGGUGGCCGUGCAGAAGGCGCUCUCACAGGAUGAAAAUCUGAAGCACUUGCUCAGCGCAUCACAAACAUUGAAAUAAACGCUUAAUACUUAAACUAAUAAUAAAGUUGCUAGUCUUCCUUUAAAUAAACAUUCAUAGCAAGA